AUGCAUUUUUCAAGAAUCUCCUGUGUCCUCGCAUUUGCCUCUACCGCUCUCGCCGGCCAGUGCUAUAACCACGUCGAAGGGGCCCACAAGGUAAACUGCGCUCACAAAGACGAGCUAGCCAGAUACGCCGAAGACUACUGCCAUGAAAACUGGAACAAACUAGUUGGAGAUUGGACCGACUUCAACGACCGAAGCGGGCAUACGGCAAAUAUUGGCAAAGUAGCAAAUUUCAACUCCAAAACAGCUUGCAUUGCGGCCUUUUCCCAGGUUGUGGAGAACUGUUACGAUGGAUGGGAUGGUGGUCAAUGGGUGGCUUAUGGGACUUUAUUGAAUAUUAAUUUCUGUAAAUGGUCGGCUGAAAAUAAGGGGGUUAGUUAUGAAGGGUUGGCUGUCAGACCUGAGGCUAAGAGAGUGGCAUAUGAUGGACCCAGAGAAGCAAAGAGAGUAGGAUAUGAAGGAUUGAGAGAUGUGCCUGAGGCGAAGAAAGUUAGACCUGAUGCUAAGAGAGUCAGAUAUGAAGGGCCUCGGGAGGCUAAGAGAGUUGCUUGGGACGAGUUGGUCAGUGAACAGCCUGAGGCUAAGAGAGUUGGAUAUCAAGGAUUGAGAAUUCAAUCUGGAGGGAAGAGAUUUGAUUUGUAA